AUGUCGACUCCUUACACUCGCACGUCCGAGGCUCGCCGGACUCCGCGCUCUGCCCGACCUUCUACCCGGGCCUCCAGCAGCCACAACGGGUCUUUCGACCAGCAAAUCCACGAUUUCUCCUCCGGCUUCUUCUACAAUUGCGUCAACUGCAAAGCUGCAAUGAAUACGGCCUGGCGACAAGACCCGAGCUAUCCCGAUACGCUCUGUAACGAUUGCGGCAGGAAUCACAUGGACAAAUUCACGUUCAUCGAAGACACUUCCAGAACGCGUUCGACACCCAAGUUCCGAAAUUCUCAGCGUACAACUAUGUAUGGAGGUGGGAUUUCAGGUGUCGAAGACGAUCACUUGGAGGCUACAGAAGACGAAGACACAAUUGGCUCAAUUACCACGGACUCAAGGCACACCCGAGAAACCAACCCACAAUCAUCAAUGAUUAUUGUUGAUGCUCCAGUCCCUUGCCUCGCUAUGGUAGCCAACCUCAAGAUGGUGUCUCAUGUUGCCCCAAGCACUGAGCGUGCCCAAAAUUCUGCUUUGACGUCCACGCCGAUCUUGAGCAAAGAAGCGGCCCAGCGCCUGAGCAGUGCAACUGAGAAGCUUCCCAAGCUGAACAGACAAGCAGGUAUCAUCCAAACGGAGCAGGAAACAAUUGUUAGGAUGAUCGAAGAGGAUAGUCACACCGUGGCAGCAAACUAUGCGCAGCUGCAAUCUCGGUACGAGGCCACGGUCGUAGAGAACAGUGAGUUGAGAGCGGACACCCGGCAGCUUCGCAAGGAGCGUGACGCUUCGGUAGUAAGAGUUCAGAAAUUGCAAGCAAGGCUGGAGCAGUAUAACCGGGCAAGACUCAGCCUGAUGAUGGUGGGCAGCGAUGACGACGAAGAGCACGAAGAUCAACAGAACUGA